UGUCGACGCAGCGUCGCUCAACGGUCUCUUUCCCAUCUCCUGCUGUUCGUCCUUUCCUUCUCUCUCUUCUUUUCGUUUCCUUUGCUCCCUGCUCCUCUCGCCCGUCCGCGUUCAACGUUUCCCACUCGGAGCAGAUUCCAUGGCUUCUCCCCGCCCUCCACACAACUUCGCCGGUCAAGGCUAUCCUCUUCCCAACGGGGCCACCACGUCCGGUCCUGUCCCCGGUGCCACGCCGCUCCUCCCCAACAACGGCAGAGUCAUCCAGAAUGGGUCUGCGAGAAUCCUCUGCAUUGCUGACGUGAGAGGAAAUCUCAAGUCCCUUAACGAGUUGGCCAAGCAGGCUCGUGCAAAUUAUAUCAUCCACACCGGUGACUUUGGUUUCUACGACGAUGGGUCUCUGGAGCGUAUCACGGCGGACAAGACCUUGAAACAUGUCGCACAGUACUCGCCGCUGCUGCCCGAGCACGUCAAGCGGGCAAUCGCCCAGCUGCCCCCGCAGCAGUCGAUCAAGGAACGCUUCACCCCGGAACAGCUACCGCUGUCCGAGCUGCCGCUCCUGCUCGACAAGCGCUUGACCCUUGAAGUCCCCGUUUACACUGUCUGGGGUGCCUGCGAGGAUGUCCGCGUGCUGGAGAAGUUCCGCUCCGGCGAGUACAAGGUGGAAAAUCUGCAUAUCAUCGACGAGGCCAACUCGCGGCUGCUGGACGUCGGUGGCAUUAAGCUGCGUCUGCUGGGUCUGGGCGGCGCGGUCGUCAUGCACAAGCUCUUCGACAACGGUGAGGGCAAGACCACCAUCGCUGGCGGCCAGGGAACCAUGUGGACCACCCUGCUGCAGAUGGGCGAGCUCAUCGACACCGCCAACCGCGUCUACGACCCCUCCGAGACCCGUAUCUUUGUCACCCACGCCUCCCCCGCCCGCGAGGGCAUGCUCAACCAGCUUUCCGUCACCCUCAAGGCCGACUUCUCCGUCUCCGCCGGUCUCCACUUCCGUUACGGCUCCUCCUACAACGAGUUCUCCGUCAACCCCACCCUGGACCACUACCGCGGCAAGCUCGCCGCCUCCAAGGCUUCCUUCAACGAUGUCUGGGAGACCGUCCGCGGCGAGGUCGACACCGCCAUCGCCGCCAACGAGGCCCAGAAGACCCUGCUCGAAAACGCUCUCGACGUCGUUCAGAAGAUGCCCUCUGUCGCCAAUGGCGGCAACCCCUUUGGAGGCCCCGUCGCCCCCGGCAAUGCCGCCGGUCAGGUCGACGAGAGCGCCUUCAAGAACAUGUGGAACUUCAACCUUGCCGACGCCGCCUUUGGCUACCUGGUUCUCGACAUCGAGGCCGGCCGCAUCGCCACCGAGAUGCGUGCCCAGGGUUUCAACUUCUCUCACCGCACCGGCAAGCCUGGCGCUGCUCCGGCGGCUGCUACAACCGCUGGUGUACCUCCCACCCCCGCCGCCGGUCCCGUCACCGCCAACACCCCCACCGGUGGUCGUCCGGCCGGUGCAGUCGCACAGUUCCCUCAGGGACAACAACAACAACAACAACAACCACCUCGCAGUGCGGGCUCCACCCCCCAACAGCAACAGCAAGUGGGCCAGCCCCCUUCUCAGGGUAAGAGGUCUCCCGUUCCCGUGAUUCCUAAGCCCGCUACGCCGCAGCCCGCAGCCGGCUCUGCUGGUCCGGCGGCUGCAGCUGCUUCCCCCGCAGCGGGCGAGGCCAAUGGAAUCACGUCGACCACGACCCCAGCCCUUGGCGAAAAACCCGCUUCCGAGUCCCCCGCGUUCAAGACGGAGAAGAAGCAGAGCAACGGGCUCUUUGUGUCCAACGUGGACAACGAGCAGGCCGUGCGGGACCUGUUCCCAGAGGAGGACAAGGCCAAGAUCCUCAAGAUCGAGCGUCUGGGCAAGUUCAACCACGUGGUGACCUUUCCCACCGUGGAAGAAGCCAAGGCCGCCCUCGACCACCAGCCCCUCGAGCACAAGAAACCCUCCCCGCCCGGCCAACCGCGCAAGCCCAACUUCAAGUUCUUCGAGGACCGCGGCGGCCACCGCGGCCAGGGCACCGCGGGCACCUGGCAGAGCCGCAGCAGCGCCGCCGGCAACGGGCCCAAUUCCUCCCAACGCGGCGGCUACCAGAGCGGCGGCGCCAGUGACAGUGAAGGCGGGCGCGGCCGUGGCGGUUUCGGCGGACGCGGGCGUGGCCGGGGCAACGAUCGUGGAGGCCGUGGCGGCCGUGGCGGCCGUGGUGGUUUCGCCAAGUCGGCAACGGACUCUGAAAAGCAGGAGGCAUAGAAAACAGUCUUCCCCCUUUUUUCUUCUUCCUUUUCUUUUCUCUUUUCUUUCUUUCUUCUUUAUUCGAUGCUCUAACCCUCUUCUCGUCCAAAUCAAUGCCCCCCCCCCCCC